UAAAACCUGCAGCAGGGAGUUUGGGCUCUGUGUUUGUGAGGAAGACAGAAAGAAUGGCAGGUGUGAUGUAUCCCCCCCAGUACCAUGGUGUCCAGCAUUAUGGACCCCCCUAUAGACAGCCUGCUCCAUACUACCGGCCCAAGCAGCAAUAUUGGAAGCCGCCAUAUAAAGGCUCACAGGCCCACAUGAAGCCCCCUCUUCCCUUUGAUGCUUUGGCAAGUUACAAGUGGGCUCAGCUAAAGGCUUUACUGUGCCAGCUUGGGCCAGAGCUAGGAUUGAGCCGAUACUAUACCCGGGAGGUGGGGGUCCAAGUCAACCCCCGGGUAGAUGUGUCUAUACAAUGUUCACUGGGGCCCCGUACCCUUAAAACCAGGAAGGGGAUGCCUUUUCUUUGCCAUGCUGUUCCUGGGCAACAUGCGGGUCUUGGCAUUAUCUCUCCCGUUCGAUUCCCUCGCACCAUAGCUGUGUAUUCCAGGCUCUCAGACCGGAGACUCUUCACUGUACCCACUCUGUCCUCUGGGGAAGGGGCGAGGGAUGCUGGAACUCAAGCGGAGAACAUGGAUGUCCAAGAAGAGGACCUGAGAGACACCGGACUGAAAAAGCCAAACUUCCAGUUCUUGGAGCAGAAAUACGGCUUCUUUCACUGUAAGGAGUGCCAGGUGCGCUGGGAAAGUGCCUACGUGUGGUGUGUCUCUGGAACAAACAAGGUGUAUUUCAAACAGUACUGCCACAAAUGCCUGAAAGGUUACAAUCCGUACUAUGUGGAGUCUAUUGAGUGCAAGAUAUGUAUGAAGACAUGGUGCACAUGCCCAGACAGGAAGGCCAUCGACCUGAAGAGACCCCACUGCCAGGAGCUAUGUGGCCGGUGUAAGGGGCAGAGACUGUCCUGUGAUAAGACGUACAGCUUUAAAUACAUCGUCUGAGGCACCAGCCAACCAUCUAACUAUUCAGAUAUUUAUUUCUUCGAAAUAAGCUUUAAUAAUGGCUUGUAUACUGGAUAAAUAUGUAGAUUUUGUACUAUAAUUUGUUUGUAUAAAUGUGACUAAGCUGUAAAUAAAACAUGGAGUUUUUUUUCUUUCCUAGAGGGAGCAUAUAAUCGAUCACUUUAUUUAUAGAUGCAUGUUCUGGUUGACACGUUUGCUGACGUUUAAGUCAUUUUGAUUUUUAUUUAUUUUUGUUUAACUAUAUAUAAAAAGCUCAGUUUACAUGAACUCAUCUCAUUGGAGCCUGCGAUGCCAUUUUGUAUAAACAAAAAUCCCUUUAAUCUUCUAUUGUAUGUUUCAUUGACCCA